UUGCUUUGAUUUCAGAUCUGUUUCUCUACGAACUAAAAUUUAAAAAAGUGAAGAAGAUUGGGAUUUGGAACGUCACUUCACUUUCCUUCUUCCCUACUCCACCAAAGAUCAAAUCCACCAAUUCUGAGCGCUUUUUUCAAUCGAUUUGCAGUCAAAUGCGGAGCUUCAAUCGCUAACCUAAAACCUGCAGAUUUGAAGCACAGGAUCUAGGUUUUUUUUUUUUUUUUUUUUCUUUUCAGUAUGGAGAGCUCGGAGAAAGUGGUUGCUGUUAUCAUGGUCGGCGGUCCAACUAAAGGUACUAGAUUUCGGCCUCUUUCAUUCAAUACUCCGAAGCCUCUCUUCCCUCUGGCUGGUCAACCGAUGGUUCAUCAUCCUAUUUCUGCUUGCAAACGGAUACCGAAUUUAGCUCAAAUUUUUCUUAUUGGAUUUUAUGAGGAGAGGGAAUUUGCUCUUUACGUUUCUUCAUUGUCCAAUGAGUUGAGACUGCCUGUGAGGUACUUGAAGGAGGAUAAACCACAUGGCUCGGCAGGAGGAAUUUAUUACUUCAGAGAUAUUAUCUUGGAAGACAGCCCGUCAUACAUUUUUCUAUUAAAUUGUGAUGUUUGCUGCAAUUUUCCACUUCCAGACAUGCUUGAGGCACAUAAGAGAUACGGUGGGAUGGGAACUAUAUUAGUAAACAAGGUUUCUGCCGAAUCUGCUAAUCAGUUUGGUGCACUGGUUGCUGAUCCGGUCACAAAUGAGCUGUUGCAUUACACAGAGAAACCUGAAACUUUUGUGAGUGAUUUAAUAAACUGUGGUGUAUAUGUAUUUACCUCGGAAAUUUUUGGUGUCAUUCAAGAUGUCUCGAUUCAUCGGGAAGGCAGAGCAAAUCUACGACGUGUCUCCAGCUUUGAAGCUCUACAAUCUGCGACAAGGAACCUGCCAACAGACUUUGUGAGAUUAGAUCAAGAUAUUUUAUCCCCCCUUGCUGGAAAGAAACGCUUAUAUACAUAUGAGACCAUGGAAUUUUGGGAACAAAUCAAGACUCCAGGGAUGUCUUUGAAGUGUUCGGGCCUUUAUCUUGCUCAGUUUCAAUUAACCUCUCCCCAUCUUUUGGCUGGUGGAAAUGGUACCAGGACUGCUACUAUUAUUGGCGAUGUCUACAUACAUCCAUCAGCAAAAGUACAUCCCACUGCAAAGAUUGGCCCCAAUGUCUCUAUUUCUGCUAAUGUUCGCGUGGCUGCUGGUGUGAGGCUUAUAAGUUGCAUCAUCUUGGAUGAUGUUGAAAUUAUGGAAAAUGCUGUUGUCAUAAAUUCUAUUGUUGGAUGGAAGUCAUCAAUCGGGAAAUGGUCACGUGUCCAGGCGAAUGGGGACUACAAUGAUAAGCUUGGAAUUACAAUCCUCGGAGAAGCUGUGAUUGUUGAAGACGAAGUUGUGGUUACAAACAGCAUAGUCCUCCCAAAUAAAACCCUCAACCUUAGCGUACUUGAGGAGAUUAUUUUAUAACCCAUUCCUUUUUACACUAUUCACCAUUCUCUUCUCUUUCUCUGUACUAAAAUUACAAGCAAUUUUGCCACUCAUGAGUCUGAUUUCAGGCCACUGGUUCAUUAGUUUCUUAACCUCCAGAAUUUCAAUUUGCCAUAUAUAUUGAGUUCAAUCCUAUAUAUUAUUGCAAGAUGUUUUGAUAUCAAUAUCAGUGACUGCCAAUUUGCCUCUUUUUU